CCUCACCGUAACGUGCCACUUUGUUACAAAAGAUUUUGUUCUCCGUACAGCUGUUUUGUCUACAAAAAAAAUGUUAUGUUCCACUAAUCACAACGCAGAAAAUAUAUCAAUAUCUAUGCGCGCCGUGUUAGAAGAGUGGGGUCUAAUGGAGAAAGUGGUGGCAGUUGUCAGCGAUAAUGCUAGCAGUAUGUUGAAAGCGUGCGAAUUGCUUCAAAAACGAAAUCUGCCAUGCUUUGCACACACUAUUAACCUUGUGGUGCAAGAUUGCUUAGCGCAAGAUUAUGUUAAAACUACUUUAGGGAAAUGUAAGAAAAUUGUGAGCUAUUUUAAGAGCAGCACAAUUUCCUACGAAAAGUUUAAAGCGGACCAAGGAAGAGAUAUGCCCCACAGCCUAAAACAGGAGGUACCGACCCGCUGGAACAGUGCUCUCAGAAUGGUGGAGAGCAUUCUUUUAACAAAUAAUUCUAUUUCAAAUGUACUGCUAAUGACACCAAAGGCACCGCUACCUUUAACGGCAGACGAUAUAGAAUUUUUGCAGGACCUUAAACAAUUGCUUAUGCCAUUUGAUGCCGCUACAGUCCAAACAUCGUCAAGUGCAGCUGUUACUAUUUCCCUAGUAGUUCCUCUAACAUGUGGUCUUUUUAAAUCUCUUGAUGAGUUAAAAAGUACUAUGAAAACUUCAGAAGGCCAUCAAGCUUGUAUAUUUCUGCUUGAAAGAAUAAAGAAAAGGCUAUUUCCUUACGAGGAGCGUACAGUUACAAGACUCGGAACAUUAUUAGACCCUCGGUUCAAGAAGGAAGGUUUUCUUUUCCCAAGCAAUGCAGAUGGAGGAACACAAUUUUUACAAAACGUGUUGAGUGGUAUGAACAAAAACAACACCAUGGAACAAGAUAAUUUAGAACCAUCAUGUUCUAAAAAUAUUCAUCAAAGUUCGCAGCCACCGCUUUUAAAAUUCGUAGGAAAUAAAAUUGCCUCUAAAGUAAGAUCACAUCAAGUAGACGCCAUCAUUUCUCUUAGGCAAUAUUUUGAAAAUGAAAAUGCAGCAUUAGAAAUAGAUCCAUUACAGUACUGGAAGAAUUGUUCUGGCCAAAUGUCACUCACAAAGUCAUGUGCCUUACGCUAUUUAUGCGUACCAGCAACUUCGACAGAGGCUGAGCGAAUGUUUAGCAAAACCGGAGCCAUAAUUUCGGAAAGAAGAUCGAGCUUAAAGCCAAAAAAUGUUGAUAUGCUGCUCUUUGUUAACAAAAAUUGUUGGGUCAGUAAAGAAUUAUAAGAAGUAAGGUUUUUAAACAAAUAAUACCUUUUUCAAGGUAAUUUUCAUUAUAAUUUUAAAUUUAAAUUAAUUUGAUUAAAUAUUUUUAUAAAAUAAGAUCUGAAUGUAUCUGUAAUAAUGAAUUUCAAAUAUUUUUUGUUUUUAUGUUUAGUUGUUUUGUUGAAGCGUUAUUAUCUGUUUUUAUUUUAAUUUUUAAUAUAAAUAUAAUUUUUAAUUAAUUUUUACUACAUGCAAAUACAUUUUUUUGUAAAAGUUGAUCUCAAAGUGCCUUAUAAAAAUGAAUUCCAAAUAUUUUUGUUUUUAUGUUGUUGUUUUGUUUAAGCGUUAUUGUCUGUUAUUUUUGACUAUAAAUAUAGUUUAUAAUUAAUAUUUACUAUAUGUACAUAUUUUAAUAAUAACUGUACUAAUGAA